CUCUCAUCGGCAACUCAAGGUAGUCACGAUAGAGCCACCCCGAGUUCAUGCCCGCCAUGUUUCCCACACUUGUACGGCGGCUGGCGCAAACCGCCAAACUACAGUUGAACGCGGCCGGCAUUAAUCAGACGUACAAGCUCAAGAAAGUAUGGCCACCCGACAUCAAAAACAUGACGUCGCAACAGCAGCUGCGUUUCGAGAAGAAGUACAAGCGGAGACUGAAGCUCGCCACGGCCCGGCCACGGUGGGAUAAGUUCGUCCGGCUAGCCCAACUUUGCACAAUGACGGUUGUCCUCACAUACAUCGUGCUCUUCAUGGACUGGGAGGAUGGUCCCACCCCAUUCGAUCCGUUCCGGGAGAGGAUCUUUAGUUUCUUCGGCAUCUUCACCGAGGAAAAUAGGAAGCUCAAGAUGAAGGACAGGCCUGCUGCUCGGCCAGUGAGCGAGCAGUGAGCCCUGCCAGCAGCCUGCGGUUUCUGCUACCCCUCCCAUCCCUGUAUCAUACUUGUUCCACCACACGGAGUUUGGCGUUGGAUACCCGUCAAUACUGGCGCGGCAAUUGGCCGUGACGAAUGCAGAAUGCCGGUCUCGGCCUCACAAGUCGUUCCCGACCCGAUUGUAGGCCGCCGCGUGUCGCCGCCAGACCAGACCAGACCACAGCUACCAUGCCGCCCAAGCGCAAACCCUCAUUGCAAAAAAGACUGUAACCAUGCCUCCCCACAACCGUCACCUCCCAUGCCACACCAUCCCACCCAUCCCCAGCCCAGCUCCCAAACUCCCACCCAACCCCCCACCA